AUGACUAGAUGCAAUGAUAAUGAAUAUGAUUUCUUGUUCAAAAUAAUCUUAAUAGGUAAACCUAUUUUAUUUAAAUUAUUAGGAGAUUCUGGAGUUGGUAAAACAAAUAUUUUGUAAAGAUUUCUAAAAAAUGAAUUUAUUUUAGAUUCCAAACCCACUAUUGGAGUUGAAUUUUCAACAAAAACCAUUAAUGUUCAAAAUAAAACUGUUAAAUGCUAAAUUUGGGAUACUGCUGGAUAAGAAAGGUAAAAAUUAAACUAUUUAAGAUAUCGAGCAAUAACAAAUGCUUAUUAUAGAGGAGCAGUAGGGGCUUUUGUUUGUUAUGAUGUAACAAGGGAGAUUACUUUUAGAAAUACAGAAAAAUGGUUAAGUGAAAUUAAAGAGUAUGCUCCAAAAAAUAUUGUAAUAAUGAUGAUUGGUAACAAAAUUGAUUAAACAAAUAAUAGAGUAUAUUUUUAUUAUAUUAAUAGAUAGUUAGGAGUGGAGAAGCUGCUAAACUCUGUGAAUAACAUAAAAUCGGAUAUAUAGAAACUUCAGCAUAAAAUGGCUAAAAUGUCGAAGAGGCCUUCUCUAACUUAGUUAGUGGUAUCAAUUAACUAGAUUAAUAGAAAUAUUUAAUUCAAUGUCAUCCAUAUAAUAAAUAAGUGUUGAACAGCUCUAAGGAGAUAAAAUAACUUUUCAAGAUGAUUCUCUGAGAAAAAAUGCAAAAAAAAAAAAUAGUAGAAAAGAAAAAGAAAAAUGCUGUUAAUGAG